AUGUCUGCCGGCAAACGAGGCAGAGCUUGUCAAGCCUGUUCCUCCAUAAAGAUUAAAUGCUCCCUCGGACACCAGGCAGAAGGAGCUGUGCCGCCCUGCGACAGAUGUCUACGGCUUGGAAAAGACUGCACCUUGACAGCUUCCAAAAGACAGAAAGAUCGGGUCGCCGAGCUGGAAGCACAGGUGGCCAGCUUAACGCGACUCUUGCAAGCGCAAGGUAUCAACGAAGCACAUUUGAACCCCAGUGGCCAGGAUGUCGGCAAUGAUGACAUUCUGUUGCAGUCGUCAUCCACGCCAAGUUCAAAUCCGCUCGCUUCGAAGAAGCGAAGACUGGAAAAAAGCUCGCCUGAGCAGUCCGAGACGUCGGUGACGGAUGAAAGCAGUAAUGCAUCGCGAAUCGCUGACCCCGAUAUCCUCAGACUGGACGCUUCGAUAUCUUCUGAACUCCAGCAGCGUUGUUAUUGGCGCUAUUGUAACGAUGUCCUCCCAGUCUUCCCCUUGGUCCCUCUGCCUGCUGGACAGACUCUGCUCGAGCUUCGUGAUAAGCGACCUGUGCUUUUCCUGGCUGUCAUGUACGCUGCAAGUCCCGGAUGCUUGACCUCCGUGCAACAAGAUCAUGUUGCACAACUUCUGUUGGAUCGCCUUGCAAACAGUGUCAUCGGAGAAAAGGACAGCCGCCUCGACCUGAUGCGAGCCAUUCAGAUCGCUUGCUUGUGGUACAGGACGCCAGAGCACCACAAGUAUGUGUCCAUAUAUCAUCUUAUACAGCUUUGCAGUAGCAUUGCUGCCGGGAUCAGUCUUGCAGGCCCUCUUUCGACGCAUGACUUGUCCUCUAACGCCAGGAUUGCGCGCGAGAGAGAGGAGGGAAACACUGCUGAUGUGCACCGGGCCUGGAUUGGCGCACACGUUCUGUCGGCAUCCAUGAGCAUCUUUAUGAGGAGACCGUAUCAGUCGAGGUGGAACGAAGAAAGCGAAAACGCGCUCAUGAUGCUGCAGUACUCUGACAAUGAACAUGGCGACGCAUAUCUUUGUCAAUAUUUUCGCGUCGAAAGACUUCUCGAGCAAAUUGCCGAAGAAAUGGAACUGGGCGACGUCUCAAGCUAUUACGACAUCUCGGACCCGAUCAUGAAGACCAAGGCUCAAAUCUGCAGGAACAAGCUCUUGAAUUGGAAGAUGUUGUUACCAAUUCAUCUCCGAAUACCAUCGCUUCUCUAUCUAGAGCACGUAGCGACGGCCUUGAUACACGAAGCAGUUCUCCACACUUCAACGAACAAGCAGUCCUUUGCAGCACCUUACAUCCCGGAGAACCUAUCAUUGGCCGAUUUCCCGGCUCCCGUCGUGAGCGAAGAACACAUCACGGCUGUGUACGAACUGGUGGUCGCCCUGCACGCCAUAAUCGAUACUCUUGUGUCAUUCGACACCCAUACGCUCCUCGCUUUACCUGGCCUCAUGUUCGCAAGUAGAGCAGCAUACGCGCUUUACCUGCUCGCCAAGCUGUACAUUGCUCUAACGGUUCCAGGCGGCACUCUCGGGGCCAUCAUUGAGACACGCCUGCUAGCUCUGACAGAAUACGCCGAGAAGCUGUGCAAAGUCGGAGACAGAAUCCGUGCCGUUGAGAAGCACUCUGCUCCGGCGCGAAUCUUGAACUCUGCGAGACGAACCUUGGAGUGGUAUCUCAGCUAUAACAGCAGCUUGAUCUCGGACUUUGGCAUCCACCUGCCAUCGUCUCGCGCUUCUGAGACAGCUUCAACACACGAUGUAGCAUCGACAGCCCAGCCACCUGCUACCGAUUACCAGUCCUUAUAUCAGCUCUCGGAAAGUGACGCCGACUUCGGACUGGACUUUCUCUUUGCCGAGCCACUAUCCUUGGACCAGACUUUCGAAACCUCGCCUCGUUCCUUCCACAAAUGA